UCGAGCAAAAGAUGUGAUAAUACCAGCAAAGCCACCUGUCAGCUUUUUCUCCUUGAGGUCUCCGGUCCUUGACCUCUUCCAGGGGCAACUGGACUAUGCAAAGCACAUUCGCCGGGACUCGGAGGUGGUUCUGCUGUUCUUCUAUGCCCCAUGGUGUGGACAGUCCAUCGCCGCCAGGGCAGAAAUUGAGCAAGCGGCAAGUCGGCUUUCAGACCAGGUGUUGUUUGUGGCAAUUAACUGUUGGUGGAACCAAGGGCAAUGCAGAAAACAGAAACACUUCUUUUCUUUUCCUGUAAUACAUCUGUAUCACCGGAGUUUUGGACCAAUCGAGUACAAAGGCCCCAUGAGUGCUGUUUACAUUGAGAAGUUUGUCCGCCGGGUGAUGAAACCACUUCUCUACAUCCCAUCUCAAUCAGAAUUACUAGAUUUUCUCUCAAACUACGAGCCUGGAGUACUCGGGUACUUUGAGUUCAGUGGCUCACCCCAGCCUCCUGGCUAUUUGACCUUCUUCACCUCAGCAUUACAUUCAUUAAAGAAAGAUUACCUAGGAACAGUACGAUUUGGGGUUAUCACAAAUAAACAUCUUGCGAAACUGGUAUCCUUAGUACACUCUGGAAGUGUGUAUUUACAUAGACAUUUCAACACAUCUCUUGUCUUCCCCCGGGAGGUUGUGAACUACACAGCUGAGAACGUCUACCAGUGGGCCUUAGAAAACCGGGAGACAAACGGGGAGACAUUCUUUCGAUGGCUGCGGCCACAUGGAGGCAAGAGUCUCUUGCUGCAUAACGAGCUGAAGAAAGGACCAGCGCUUUUUUUGUUUAUACCUUUCAAUCCCUUAGCCGAAAGUCAUCCUUUAAUAGAUGAGAUCACCGAAGUGGCCUUGGAGUACAACAACUGCCACAGGGACCAGGUGGUGGAGCGCCUCCUGCAGCACCUGCGGCGCGUGGACGUCCCAGUGCUGGAGUCCCUGGCCUCGGCACCACCGGCCCCGCUGCCAGAGCUGCCGCUGAUUGCGGCUUCCCCCUGUUGUAACACCGUGGUGCUGCCCCAGUGGCACACCCUCUCUGGGACCCACAACGUCUGCGAACUGUGUGUCAACCAGACCGCCGUGGGCCUCCGGCCGAGCUCGAUCGGCAUGCCUCAGUGCAGCUUCUUUGAGAUGGCAGCAGCUCUGGAUUCUUUCUACCUCAAGGAGCAGACCUUUUAUCAUGUGGCAUCAGACAGCAUCGAGUGCAGCAAUUUUCUAACUUCCUACAGCCCUUUCAGCUAUUACACUGCAUGUUGCAGGACCGUAAACAGGGGCGUGGCGGGCUUCAUGAAUUCUGAACAGGAUGCCCCAACCGUUGCGUUUUCUUCCCUGGAGAAGAAGUGUGAGGUCGAUGCCCCCAGUGCCAUUCCUCACAUUGAGGAGAACAGGUAUCUCUUUCCUGAAGUGGACAUGACUAGCACGAACUUCACAGGCCUGAGCUGCAGAACCAAUAAGACCCUGAACAUCUACCUUUUGGAUUCAAAUUUAUUUUGGUUGUAUGCAGAAAGACUGGGUGCUCCGAGCUCCACUGGUGUAAAAGAAUUUGCUGCAAUUGUUGAUGUGAAAGAAGAGUCUCACUAUAUCUUGGAUCCAAAACAAGCUCUUGUGAAGUUCACCCUAGAGUCAUUUAUUCAAAACUUCAGUGUUCUCUACAGUCCCUUGAAAAGGCAUCUCAUUGGAAGUGACUCUGCCCAGUUCCCUUCUCAGCAUUUAAUCACUGAAGUAACAACUGAUACUUUUUGGGAAGUAGUCCUUCAAAAACAGGACGUCUUGCUGCUGUAUUAUGCACAAUGGUGUGGCUUCUGUCCCGCCCUCAAUCACGUCUUCAUCCAGCUAGCUCGUCUCCUGCCCGUGGAUACAUUCACCGUGGCGAGGAUUGAUGUGUCUCAGAAUGAUCUCCCUUGGGAAUUUAUGGUUGACCGUCUUCCUACAGUCUUGUUUUUUCCCUGCAACAGAAAGGACCUAAGUGUGAAGUACCCCGACGACCUCCCCAUCACCCUUCCAAACCUGCUGCGGUUCAUCUUGCGCCACUCGGACCCUGUUUCUGCCCCUCACAACCCGGCUAACCCUCCUACCAAAGAAUGUCUUCAGAGCGAGGCCGUCUUACAGCAGGGGCACAUUUCCCGCUUGGAGAGAGAGAUCCGAAAGCUGAGAGCGGCCCUCGGCAGCCUCCAGCGAGCGCAGGUGCAGGUGGAGGCGCAGCUCUCCAGCGCCCGCCGCGAGGAGCACCGGCUGCGGCGGCGACAGCAGAGCCUGGAGCAGCAGCGCGGCCUGCUACGGCGGCACAGUGAGCAGCUGCAGGCCUUGUACCAGCAGAAGACGCAGGAGCUAGAGGAGCUGGCCCGCCGGCUCCAGGAGCUGGCUGCCGCCUCUGAGAGCCUCCUCACUGAAAACACCUGGCUCAAGAUUCUGCUGGCCACCAUGGAGCGGAAACUGGGGGCCAGGGACGGGGCCGACCCCUGGGCUCCACCGCAAGAGGCCCAUCCUGACCAUGCCGGGCCCCCGGGUGCCCCCCGCCUCCCCAGCAGCGGCCCUCCACCUUCCAGCAUCAGUUCCUCACUGGCUGCUGAGAGGAACCAUGAGAACAGGACAGAAUGACUGCUAAAUGGCAAGAAAGAAAUCAGAGGUGGAAACUGUACAUUGGAAUAUAUUUAUGCAAAUUUUAUUGAAAUUGUAAAUAAAGAUUUUCUCAGUGGUCUAGAAAAUCAA